AUGGCAUCUUCCGGCGCCCCUGUGGAUGCGCUCGCGCAGACCGCCGUGCCUAAUCAGGUUCUCGUCACUGAGCUGCCCAAGUUCGACCUCGAUCUAUAUAUCCAAAAUUACAGCGGACGAACGCGGUUCGACCGGUUACUCUUAAUAGGCAAAAGCAGCGUGCCUCUGCGGCUGGAGGCUUUGAAAGCCGCAAUUGCGGAAGCCAAGAACGGCAGAGAUGUAUCUUGUUACAAACAAGCAUGGGAUAACAUCCGCAAGGUGGCACGCGACGAGCCCGAAGCGAAGCGCGACGACGCUUGGAUCGCUGCCACAGAAAAGUCCAACAAGGCUGAAACGCAGCGUCUCGAAUCAGAACUCAAGGGCUAUAAAAACAACCUCAUCAAAGAAAGCAUCAGGAUGGGUAACGAAGACCUGGGUCGGCAUUUCGAAGCCAUUGGCAAGCUGAAUGAAGCCACCGAGGCUUACAGCCGCAUGCGUCAAGAUAUAGGCACCACGAAACAUAUCCUGGACUGUGGUGUACAUAUGAUCAAUGUGUCACUCUAUCGUCGAGAUUGGAACAUGGUUCUUACCAACGUCGCCAAAAUCACAGGCGUACAGUCGACAGACGAGGCAAACACGAUGCAGACAUUCGUUCGUGUUAUGUAUAGCAUUGCUCACCUAAACUUGGGCAACUACCUCGAAUCGGCAAAAAGCCUGCUACUCAUCGAUUUCGCCGCGCCUCCGGCGGAGUACAGCCACGUCACCAGCCCAAACGACAUUGCCGUCUAUGGUGGCCUGACAGCGCUCGCCACCAUGGAUAGGACUGAGCUCCAGCGUUGCGUACUAGACAAUCAGUCAUUUCGAACAUUUCUAGAGCACGAGCCCCAUAUCCGCAAAGCUGUGAGCUUGUUCGUCAGCGGUCGUUACUCCAACUGCCUCUCCAUCUUGGAAUCGUACCGCUCUGAUUAUCUGUUGGAUAUUUACCUGCAGAAGCACGUCAAGGAACUCUACAAGCGUAUUCGCACAAAGUGUAUCGUACAAUACUUUAUCCCCUUUUCACGUAUUACUUUGAAAAGCCUCGAUGGCGCUUUCGGACUGGCCGGGGAGUCUCUCCAGGAUGAGCUCAUCGCCAUGAUACGCAACGACUUCUUAAAUGCUCGCAUUGACGCGAGAAACCAGCUGCUUGUUGCUGUUCGACCAGACCCUCGUGCAGACAUGCAGCAGAAGUCAUUGGAAACGGCUAAAAGGUACGAAAGCGACGCCGCCGAACACCUCCGACGUGUUAGCCUCAUUUCUGCUGGGCUCGAGGUACUGCCUACGAAAAAGGAUCUUGCUGGCCCGAACGACGAAUGGUUUGAUGAUCCAAGACAUCUAGCUGCGACGGAGAUCGUGGAGGCUGUGGGCGCUGAGGUUGAAGAGGCCUAG